AUGGAGACUCUGUGCAGACUCAGUGGUCUGGAUCCUUUCUGGGACUGGAACCUGACCUGGAACACGGACCGCCCAAACCUGAGCCGGUGUUUCCAGCACACAGUCCUGGUCUGGUUCCCCUGUGUUUACCUGUGGACCUGUUCUCCAUUCUACCUGCUCUACCUGCAGCUCCGCCCACAUCCAGGUGUCAUCCACCUGUCUAGACUGUGCUGCAGUAAGAUGGUUCUGGGUCUUAGUCUGGCUUCCUUCAGUCUGGUCCAGAUGUUGUACUUCCUGUUGAAAGAGGACCAGGACCAGGUGGUCCAUCAGAACCUGGUCUUCCUUCUGGGUCCCCUGAUCCGAAUCUUCACUCUGGUCCUGGCAGUCUCUGUGAUCCACAUUGAACGGUUGAAGGGGGUCAGGUCUUCUGUGGUCCUGUUCUUCUUCUGGACUCUUCUGGUCCUGUGUUCCAUCGUUCCUCUGAAAGUGGAUGUGGAACAGAUUACUGAACAGGGUUUUUCCUCAGAUCCAGUUCGUUUCUCUGUUUUUUUCCUCUCUGUCUUCGUCCAAAUCCUCCUCCUCAUCCUCAGCUGCUUCUCUGACCGACAACCGAUGACGGCCAAACUCUGCAGCAUCCAGAACCGAUGUCCAGAAGAAGACGCUUCGUUUCUGUCCAAGUUUUUUUUCUUCUGGUUCAGCAGUCUAGUGGUGGGGGGUUAUCGUCGCCCCCUGUGUUCCUCAGACCUCUGGUCUCUGCGCAGUCAGGACUCAUCCACUCACAUCAUGUCAGAAAUAGACAGAGUGUGGACCGAUGCAUGCACCGAGAAACGUGAUCAGGCCAAUGACUGUAGUGUCAUCCGCAAAUUUAAUGAUGUUGGUGUUGUUCUAGGAGGCCACACAGUCAUGGGUGAAGAGCGUGUAGAGGAGCGGACCCAGCACACACCCCUGUGCUCGUCCAUCUUAUUUUCGAGAGAGCGGAUGUUGGCUAGCAGCAGGCUUGGUAGCGGUGGCCUGGUAGCUCUAGCUUUUAGCCUAGCAUGCAGGCCACCCUUCUUGCCUCGUUUCCACCUCAGCUGCUUUGCUCGCCGGCUGUUCAGCACAUCAGGCGCCUGGGCUGCUGCGUCCUCCCGACGAAGAAAGCUAAAGUCCAAGAGGCUGAGUGAAAGUUUGUGGUCAAACCCUGGUGGAUCCCCCUGGUCUAGGUCCCAGUCUGGUCCUCCUGACCACACAGAGAAGACCCCCCUGCUGAAGCAGACCCGGUCCAGGCAGACCUUCACCUUGGUCCUCCUCAGAACUCUGGGGUGGAGCUUCGGCCUCUACUUCAUGUGUGGGACAGUGUGUCUACUGCUUCAUGACGUAACCAUGUUCAUGGUUCCACAGGUGCUCAGUCUCCUGUUGGCCUUCAUGCAUGACCCUGGUGCAGAACUAUGGAAGGGGUUCCUUUACUCCUCUCUCCUCUUCGUCCUGUCCUGUCUUCAGUCUCUCCUUCAUCAUCACUACAUGUGUCGAUGCUUCACCGUUGGAAUGAGACUCAAAACUGCCGUCAUGGGUCUGGUCUACAGGAAGUGUCUGCUGAUGAGCAGUUCUGCUCGACGCCAGUGCACACUGGGAGAAAUCAUCAGUCUGGUUUCAGCCGACGUCCAGAAGCUCAUGGACUUUGUGGUUUAUGUCAACAGUGUUUGGGUGGCACCCAUUGAGAUCGCAUUCUGCUUCUACUUCCUGUGGCAGCUCCUUGGCCCGCCCUCUCUGGCUGGGCUCUCUGCAGUCGUCCUCAUUUUCCCUUUGAAUGGAUUCAUCGCUAAGUUAAGGAGCAGACUGCAGGAGGUGCAGAUGACGUUCAUGGACGGUCGGAUCAAACUGAUGAAUGAGAUCCUCAGUGGAGUGAAGAUCCUCAAGUUUUAUGCCUGGGAAGAAGCUUUUCUACGACGAGUUGGAAUUCUGCGAGAAGGAGAACUGAAGGCUCUGAAGAAGUCCCAGAUCUACUACUGCAUCUCAUUGGCUUCAUUUAGCUCCUCCUCCUUCCUAAUACUGUUUGCAGUUUUUGGAGUCUAUGUUUUGAUCGAUGACCAGAAUGUUCUGGAUGCUCAGAAAAUCUUUGUGUCUGUCGCACUCAUCAACAUCCUGAAAACUCCUCUGAGUCAACUGCCCUUCGCCAUGAGCACCAGCAUGCAGGCGAUCAUCUCGCUCAGACGCCUCGCAAACUUCCUGCAACAAGAUGAAGUGAAGGCGGAGAGUGUAGAGAGACUUCCACACAGCACAGGUGAAGCCAAACCCCCCCCACAUGGAGGCGUACCAGUGGUGGUGAUCGAAUCUGGUUCCUUUGCCUGGUCUCCUGACGGGCCAGUGUCUCUGCACAGUCUGAACAUAAAGGUGGAACCAGGGUCCAUAGUGGCUGUGGUCGGCCAUGUUGGCUCCGGAAAGUCCUCACUUCUGUCGGCCAUGUUGGGAGAAAUGGAGAGGAGGAGUGGCUCUGCCUGCAUUAAGGGUUCAGUGGCCUACGUCCCACAGCAGGCUUGGAUCCUGAAUGCUUCAUUAAAGGAAAAUGUUCUGUUUGGUGGACAGAGGAUCGAGAGCUGGUACCAUCGAGUGAUGGAGGCCUGCGCUCUUCUUCCAGACCUGGACAUCCUGCCGGGUGGAGACGGGACUGAGAUCGGAGAAAAGGGUUUGAACCUGUCCGGUGGUCAGAAGCAGAGGGUCAGUUUGGCUCGGGCCGUCUACAGGAAGUCGGACGUUUACCUGUUGGAUGACCCGCUGUCUGCUGUGGAUGCUCAUGUCGGCCAACACAUCUUUGACCGAGUCAUCGGACCUAAAGGACUUCUCAGAGACAAGACCCGGGUGCUGGUGACCAAUGGGAUUAGUUUCUUGUCCAAAGUGGAUCUGGUCUUGGUGAUGGAGGACGGGCAGAUCUCAGAGAUGGGCUCCUUUAAACAGCUGAUGGACAAAAGAGGAGCCUUCGCCACAUUCAUCCACACCCACAGUGGAAGGAACUAUAGAGAACCAGCAACCCACAGAGAUAAGGGUUCCAGGAAGUCGGUGUCUCGUCUCAGUCUGAUGGAGUUUUCUAUUGAUCUGUCUCAGGAACAGCUGAUCAGUACUUGUGACAUGAGCAGUGCCAGUGGUCAUCAGGUCACCACAGAUCAGGACUUUGACCCAGAGGAUGCUGGGAAACUGACAGAGGCUGACUCUGCCCACACUGGACGGGUCAAACUGCAGAUGUACUCAGAGUACUUCCGGACCCUGGGUCGGACCUUCAUCGUCAUCAUCCUCUUCCUCUGUGGGUUCCAGCAGACCGCCUCCUUGGCCUACAGCUAUUGGCUGAGCCUGUGGGCUGACGACGCCCCCGUCAACGGAACGCAGACCGACCACAACCUCAAACUGGGCGUGUUCGCACUGCUGGGCUUCACCCAGGGCCUGUCCAUGUUUGGGACCACCCUGGCUGUUUCUCUGGGGGGGAUCCUGGCGUCCCGGUACCUCCAUGCUGACCUUCUGCAGAAUGUGCUCCACUCGCCCAUGUCCUUCUUUGAGGUGACUCCCAGUGGAAACCUUUUGAACCGCUUUUCCAAAGAAAUCGAUGCCAUCGACUGCAUGAUCCCUGACGGGCUGAAGAUGAUGCUGGGAUACCUGUUCAAACUGCUGGAGGUGUGCAUCAUCGUUCUGUUGGCCACGCCCUUCACAGGCCUGGUGCUCCUCCCACUCACCGGUCUGUACAUCCUGAUCCAGAGUUUCUACGUUGCGACGUCGUGUCAGCUGCGACGCCUGGAGGCUGUAAGUCGCAGUCCGAUCUACACCCACUUUAACGAAACCGUCCAGGGCGCUGGCAUCAUUCGAGCCUUUGGCGAACAGCAGCGCUUCAUCCUGGAGGCCGACCGACACAUCGACAACAACCAACAAGCAUACUUCCCUCGCUUUGUUGCAACCAGAUGGCUGGCGGUGAAUCUGGAGUUUUUGGGGAACCUGCUGGUUCUGGCUGCAUCCUUAUUUUCAGUCUAUGGUCGUGGUAAACUGAGCCCAGGCAUCGUGGGAUUGGCUGUGACACACUCUCUUCAGGUGACAGGAAUUCUGAGCUGGAUAGUUCGAUCGUGGACAGAUGUGGAAAACAACAUAGUGUCAGUGGAACGAGUGAAGGAAUACGCCCGUACGCCAAAGGAGGCUCCAUGGACAGUUGAAGGGACUCUGGUUCCGUCCUCUUGGCCCAGUUCAGGGUCCAUCCAGUUGGAAGACUUUGGACUGCAGUACCGCAAAGGUCUGGACUGGGCCUUAAAGGACAUCUCCAUCAGCAUCCAGGACCGAGAGAAGGUGGGAAUUGUUGGAAGGACUGGAGCUGGAAAGUCGUCCUUGGCUUUAGGAAUUUUUCGUAUUCUGGAGGCGGUGAAAGGACGGAUCUGCAUCGAUGGGGUGAACAUCGCUCAGCUGGGCCUUCAUGAACUGCGCUCCAGGUUAACCAUCAUUCCACAGGACCCAGUUCUGUUUUCAGGAACUCUGAGGAUGAACCUGGACCCCUUUGAGACCUGCUCAGACCAGGAGCUGUGGAAGGCACUGGAACUGUCCCACCUCACCAGCUUUGUGUCCACAUUGCCCAAAAAACUGGACUACCAGUGCAGUGAAGGAGGAGAGAACCUGAGUGUGGGCCAGCGUCAGCUCUUGUGUUUGGCCAGAGCUCUGCUGAGGAAGACCAGGAUCCUUGUCCUGGAUGAGGCCACUGCAGCUGUAGACCUGCAGACGGACCAGCUGAUCCAGUCCACCAUCCGGACCCAGUUUGAGGACUGCACCGUCCUGACCAUCGCACACCGCCUCAACACCAUCAUAGACUACAGCAGGGUCUUGGUCAUGGACCAGGGUUCCAUCGUAGAGGCGGGUCCCCCCUCAGAGCUCCUCCGUCAGCAGAGUCACUUUUAUCAGAUGUGUGUGGAGGCGGGUUUGGCCUAA